AUGCCUGGCCCAUUUCUUGCGGCUAUUCUUACUACAAUUCUUGAUAAUAUAUAUGAAAAUUGGGUCGAUAAGAUUUCUCAAGCCAAAGGAAAGAAAAAGAAAGAAAUCGAGAGUUUUAUUAAUGAAGGAGUUUACCAAAUAGAUAAGUUGAAAGAAGAUGGAUGGAUAACAGAUAUCAAAUAUGAUGAUGAGGUUAAAUCUAUGUUGAAAACAAGAUUGUGCAUUGCUGAGAAGAAAAAACUCUUAUUGAUUACUAGUGAAUAUCUCCUCAUGUAGUCUUUUAUUUUGACG